AGUACAAAUCACUUGCCCUUCCACCUCUAACAAUAGUCUCACUUUAUCCGCAACUCUUGACGAAAUCAAAAGAACGAGACUCAUCAAACAUCCAUGGCUUCACAAUCACCAACUGCGACAGCUAGUUCCUCGCAAUCUGCGCUUACCCUUCUAUCAUCUUCCAUCCUCUACUUCGCCCUCAUCUUCACAUCUGGCCUAGCCCUCGGAUGUAUUCGCGUUCCAUUUCUCCAACCCAUCCUUGGAGACCGCAAAGCGCAGUUGCUCGAGAUGCCCGUCAUGCUAGUCGCCAUAGCCAAGUCGGCUCAACUUAUCGUCCGACGACUCCACCCUCAGACCUCGACCUCUCACCUCGCCGCUAUUGGCUUUGUAGCCUUGGUGUUGAUGCUGGUAGCCGAGAUCGCUGGGACGGUAUUUUUUAUGGGGAAAGAGUGGAAAGGAUGGUGGAAUUGGGUUCAAGAUAGGGAUGCGGUCGCUGGGCCAGUUUAUUUCACUCUUUUGGCUGUCUUUGCGGCGAUGCCGGUUUGGGUUGAUCCUUGAUUCGUUCCUACCACUGUUUUCAAUCUCUCUUGCUAUACGUUCUUUCCAGCAUCAAAAACUAGGUCGCCUCCCGCCGGUCCUUCCUU